AUGUUACCUCCUCUUUUCCCCAAGAACAAACAAGACUCUUCAUCUCUGCUUACACACUCUCGCAGCUUGAACUCUUCCCCAGAAAAAGAACCUGAAAUCUUGCAGAACAACGAAACAUGGACACGGAUAUCUGCCCUGGCCAAAAAGACUGGUGUGUGGGAUACAAUAGAGGUCAUUUCGUCAGACAACCAUUGCAACAAAGAAGCUAUCUGUCAGACACUUUCGAAAGAUGUUUCCACCAUGCCUACGGCCGAGCUGAUAGAACAUAAAUUCAACAACGUCUAUGCUAUCCAUCAUUCAUUUUCACUUUCCUUUAAUACUCGGCCUUGUAUUACUUCUACAUUUUCACUUUCCAUUACUACUCGGCAUUAUUUCUCUCCUUCAUUUUCACUUUCCUUUACUACUCAACCUUGUAUCUCUCCAUCAUUUUCACUUCCCUAUACUACGCGGCCUUGUAUCUCGUUCAUUCUCGCUUUCCUUUACUACUCGUUCUUGUAUAUUUCCUUCAUUUUCACUUUCAUUUACUACUCGGCCAUGUAUCUCUGCUUUAUUUUCACUUUCCUUUACUACACGGCCUUGUAUCUCUCCAUCAUUUUCACUUCACUUUACUACCCGGCAUUCUUUAUCGUUCAUUCCUGCUUUCCUUUAGUACUCGUUCUUGUAUCUCUCCUUUAA